AUGCGCGCUGCUGUCUUCCUGGCCAUGGAUGAACAAGCUAGAGUGGAGAAUAAAACUCCACUUGUCAAUGAAAACUUGAAGAAAUGUCUUAACACACAGGAUGGUAACCUGGUGGCCAGCCUUAUCAUAGACUUCCUGCAGGUGUUCCACGUAGACUUCACGCUUGCUGUCUUCCAGCCAGAGAUCAACUCACUAAAUGGCCUGGACAGCUGUGAGCAGGUGUCACGUGAUCUGGGUAUCACUGAGACCGAUAUGAAUAGGACCACUCCUCUGCUGCUUGAGCUUGUCAAGAGAGGCAGACACAGGGAGAAGGCCUCCAUCUUCUCAGCGGUAAAGACACACCAAAGGGUCUCGAGGGUGGAGGAGAACGCAGACGAGGGCGACUCGUUCUUUGACGACCCUCUGCCUAAACCACAAACCUACGGCUGGUGA